AUGAAAGAUAGCUGGGAGCAGGAACUUGGCAGUUCUGUUUAUUUCUUCUUUCUUUCAUAUUGUAAAUAUAUUCCCUCCCCCUCAAUUUCUUUUCUCUCUUUUUCUUUUCUCUCACUCUUUCGUCAUAUAAAUGCUCUCCUCCUUGGUUUUUUUCUCUCUUUCCUUUGCAGUAUUUUCUCUUUCUUAAUUUCUUCUCUCUAUCUCUCUCCCUCUCACCUAAUAAAUUUAUUCUCUCUUCUUCAGUUCCUUCUCUCUGGAAUUCUCUCUUCCUUAAUUUCUUCUCUCUGUCUUUCUCCCUCUCCUAACUUAUUCUCUUUUCUUCUUCUUCUCUCUCUCUCUCUCACUCUAAGGAAUUCUCUCUUCGUUAAUUUCUUCUCUCUUUCUCUCUCUCCUAACUUAUUCUCUUUUCUUCUUCUCUCUCUCUCUCUCUCUCUCUGUCUUAAUUUCUUCUCUCUUUUAUUGUAUUUUCAGCUAAGGAAAUCUCUCUUCCUUAAUUUCUUCUCUCUGCCUUUCUCCCUCUCCUAA